UGUUUAUCUCGUAUCUUUUUCAAUUAGAAUUCACUACAAUGCAGUGGACUAUGGCCAGGUCGGUGGGUGUGCGCCCGCUCCUGGCAGCGUCCCGGCGACCUGCAGCGUCCCGUAUCAGUUCGCUGCUCCACCAGACCCCCUACAGACUCGCAACCCCCGCCCGCCCCCUCACAAGCCUAGCGGCAACGGUCCCCCACGGGCACCAGGAAGGCAGCCAUUCUGGGCAGUCCAGAGGCAAGCGCAGCCUCUGGAUGCCAGUGGGAAUCAUGGGCGGUAUCGCCAUAGCAUACGGAGCCAAGCGCACCAGCCUGCACUGCGACGCGCCAGCCAUGCACGCCAGCACGCGGCUCCAGAUCCUGCACGCGCAGUCAUCGCCAAAAGAGCUGCAGCAACAGAAGCGGCAGAUGCAGCAGAAAUCGGACAGCUCGCUGGUGGCCAGCAUCGUGCGGCUGCUGGCGCCAGAGCUGUGGCUGUUUCUGGGCGUGGCGCUGACGGCGGUGGGGGCGGCGGUGGUCAGCCUGUGGACGCCGGUGGUGACGGGGGAUCUUAUAAACGUGAUUGCGCGCAGCGUGAAGCUGGCGGGGGAGAUGGACGAGUCGAUUCUGGCGGCGCUGCGGUCACCGGCGCGCAAGCUGUUUGUGCUGUUUUUCACCAACGGGCUUCUGACGUUUGCACACACGACGCUGGUGACGGUUCUGGGAGAGCGGCUGGGGCUACGCUUGCAUGCAUUGGCAAUGGAGACGCUGCUGGCGCAGGACCUGGCGUUCUUCGACCGCACGCAGUCGGGCGAGCUGGUGGCGCGGCUGACGUCUGAUAUUGGCGAGUUCCAGUCGACGUUCAAGAAGCUGGUGACGCAAGGGCUGAAGUCUCUGACGCUGUCCAUGGGCGUCGCGUACCAGCUGUUCCGGCUGUCGACGCCGCUGACGCUGACGUUGCUGGCGACCAUGCCGCCGGCGUACCUGGGGCUGGUUCUGUACGGGCGGUUCCUGCGGGUGCUGCGGCGGCAGGCGAAGGACUGGGAGGCGGUGUCGGCGGGCGUUGCGGGCGAGGCCAUGGCGAACAUCCGCACCGUGCGGGCGCUGGCAGCCGAGGACGCGGAGCUUUUGCUGUACCGGUCGGCGCGCAACGAGAGCUCCAAGGCCAGCAGCCUGUUUGGCAUGCACAUGGGGGUGUUCCGCGGCCUGACCAACACGUCGAUCGGCGCCAUGGUUCUGGUGGUGCUGUAUAAUGGCGGGCGCCUGGUUGCGCGCGGCGACAUGUCGCCCGGCGACCUGAUGGCCUUUAUGAUUGCCACGCAGUCGGCGCAGCGCGCGCUGGACUCGCUGGGCGCCCUGCUGGGCCAGACGGUCAAGGCGAAGAGCGCGGUGGGCCGGGUGAUGGAGAUCCUGCGGCUGAAGCCGAGCAUUCCAAGGACCGGCGGCGUGCGGCUGGGCGAGAUAUCGGGGCACGUGCGCUUCAUGGACGUCGACUUUAGCUACCCGGCUUUCAAUCUGGACGUGCCUGCGGGCGAGGUCGUUGCACUGUGCGGGCAGUCGGGCUCGGGCAAAUCGACGGUGGCGGCGCUUCUGGAGCGCUUCUACGAUCCCAGCGCGGGCGAGAUCUGGCUGGACGCGUGUCCGCUGACCAAGCUGGACGCGUCGUGGCUGCGCACGCAAAUCGGGUAUAUCCCGCAGGACCCGGCGCUGUUUUCGACGUCGAUCCGCGAGAACCUGCGUAUGGCGCGGCCCAAUGCCAGCGACCAGGAGAUCGAGGAUGCGUGUCGCCAGGCGAACGCCCACGAGUUCAUCAGCCAGUUCCCGCACGCCUACGAGACGGUGGUGGGCGAGCGCGGCGCGCUGCUGUCGGGCGGCCAGAAGCAGCGCAUUGCCAUCGCCAGGGCUAUUUUGCGCGACCCGCGGAUCCUGGUACUGGACGAGGCCACCAGCGCUUUGGACGCUGAGAGCGAGCGCCUGGUGCAGGCGGCGCUGGACCGCCUGAUGGUUGGCCGCACAGUGCUGGUCAUUGCCCAUCGCCUGACCACCAUCCGCAAUGCCGACCGCAUCGUCGUCAUGGGCAAGGUGCCCGGACACAUCAUCGAGCAGGGGUCGCACACGCAGCUGCUGGCCAAGAGGGGCGCCUACUACAAGCUCUACAACGACAUGGCCGACAACGAGCAAUAGUGGUAGAUAGAACAUGUGGUUAAAAAAA